AUGUUGGGCACCGGCUACUGCGUCGCACCUCCGGAGGGGAGGAGGAGAGCCCACUCGGAGGGGGUCGCGUGCCACCCGCGAGCGGACAGAUCCCGGGAGACGGCAAAAGCUGGUGCCCUUGGGCCCACGUCGGGUCCCCGGGCGCGAACGGCCCCGGGAUCUAGUUCAGGUUCGAAAUUAAAAGGUCCUGAACUGAGUUUAAAAGGCUCCCAGCACAUCAUACAAGCAGGCCAGACACUGUAUCUCAAAUGUAGAGGGGAAGCAGCCCAUUCAUGGUCUUUGCCUGAAACAGUGAGAAAGGAAAGCAAAAGGCUGAGCAUAACUAAAUCUGCCUGUGGAAGGAAUGAUAAACAGUUCUGCAGUACUUUGACCUUGAACAUGGCUCAAGCAAACCACACUGGCUUCUAUAGCUGCAAAUAUCUAUCUACACCCACUUCAAAGAAGAAGAAAACAGAAUCUACAAUCUAUGUAUUUAUUAAUGAUACAGAUAGACCUUUCUUAGAGAUGCACAGUGAAAUACCCGAAAUUAUAUAUAUGACUGAAGGAAGGGAGGUCGUCAUCCCCUGCCGGGUCACGUCACCUAACGUCACUGUUACUUUAAAAAAGUUUCCACAUGAUACUCUGAUCCCUGAUGGAAAACGAAUAACCUGGGACAGCAGGAAGGGUUUCAUAAUAGCAAACGCCACAUACAGAGAAAUAGGGCUUCUGGCGUGUGAAACAACAGUCAACGGACAUCUGUACAAGACAAACUAUCUUACCUAUCGACAAACCAAUACAAUCAUAGAUGCCCAAAUAAGCACUCCAAGCCCAGUCAAGUUGCUACGAGGUCACACUCUUACUCUCAACUGUACAACUACCACUGCCUUGAACACAAGAGUUCAAAUGACCUGGAGUUAUCCCGGUGAAGCAAAGAAGAGAGCUUCUAUAAGGCAACGAAUUGGCCGACGCAGUUCCGACGCUAAUGUGUUCUACAGUGUUCUUAUGAUAUACAAUGUGCAGAACAGAGACAAAGGACUUUAUACUUGUCAUGUGAAGAGUGGCCCGUCAUUCAAAUCCGUUAACACCUCAGUGCACGUAUAUGAUAAAGCGUUCAUCACUGUGAAACAUCGAAAACAGCAAGUGUUGGAAACUGUUGCUGGCAAGCGGUCUUACAGGCUGUCUAUGAAAGUGAAGGCAUUUCCCUCGCCAGAAGUCCUGUGGUUAAAAGAUGGGUUCCCUGUGACCGAGAAAUCGGCUCGCUAUUUGGUUCUUGGCUACUCAUUAAUCAUCAAAGACGUUGCUGCGGAAGAUGCAGGGGAUUACACAAUCUUGCUGGCCAUAAAGCAGUCAAAUGUGUUUAAAAACCUUACCACCACCUUAAUUGUAAAUGUGAAACCCCAGAUUUAUGAAAAGGCCGUGUCGUCCUUUCCAGACCCGACCCUCUACCCCCUGGGCAGCAGACAGACCCUGACUUGUACCAUUUAUGGUAUCCCUCAACCUACAGUCAGGUGGUUCUGGCGUCCCUGUCACCAUAAUCAUUCCAAAGCAAGAUAUGACUUCUGCUCCAAUAAUGAUGAGCCCCUGAUCCUGGAUCCUGACAGCAACGUAGGAAACAGGAUUGAGAGCAUCACUCAGCGCACGGCAAUAAUAGAAGGAAAGAAUAAGACGGCUAGUACCUUGGUUGUGGCGGACGCUAGGAUUUCUGGAAUCUACAGUUGCGUGGCUUCUAAUAAAGUAGGGACUGUGGAAAGAAACAUAAACUUUUAUAUCACAGACGUGCCCAACGGAUUUCACGUUAACUUGGAAAAAAUGCCGACGGAAGGAGAGGACCUGAAACUGUCUUGCACAGUUAACAAGUUCUUAUACAGAGACAUUACUUGGCUUUUGCUGCGGACAGUUAAAAACCGCACAAUGCAUCACAGUAUCAGCAAGCAAAAAAUGGCCAUCACUAAAGAAUACUCUGUUACUCUCGAUCUCACCGUCAAGAAUGCUUCCCUGGAAGAUUCAGGCACGUAUGCCUGCAGAGCCAGGAACAUAUACACAGGGGAAGAAAUCCUCCAGAAGAAAGAAGUUACAAUUAGAGAUCAGGAAGCACCACGCCUCCUGACAAGCCUCAGUGAUCGCACAGUGGCCAUCAGCAGCUCCAGCACGUUCCGCUGUCACGUUACUGGUGUCCCAGAGCCUCAGAUAACCUGGUUUAAAAACAACCACCAAAUACAGCAGGAACCCGGAAUUAUCCUAGGACCGGGAAGCAGCACGCUGUUUCUUGAAAGAGUCACAGAAGACGACGAAGGUGCAUAUCACUGCAGAGCCACCAACCAGAAGGGGUCCGUGGAAAGCUCGGCAUACCUCACUGUUCAAGGAACCUCGGACAAGUCUAACCUGGAGCUAAUCACUCUGACGUGCACCUGUGUGGCCGCAACCCUCUUCUGGCUCCUGUUAACGCUCUUUAUCCGCAAACUGAAAAGGUCUUCCUCGGAAAUAAAGACUGACUACCUAUCGAUUAUAAUGGACCCAGACGAAGUCCCCCUGGACGAGCAGUGCGAGCGGCUCCCUUAUGAUGCCAGCAAGUGGGAGUUUGCCCGGGAGAGACUCAAACUGGGCAAGUCGCUCGGAAGAGGGGCUUUUGGAAAAGUGGUUCAAGCGUCCGCAUUUGGCAUUAAGAAAUCCCCCACGUGCCGGACUGUGGCUGUAAAAAUGCUGAAAGAGGGGGCCACGGCCAGCGAGUACAAAGCUCUGAUGACUGAGCUCAAGAUCUUGACCCACAUUGGCCACCAUCUGAAUGUGGUCAACCUGCUGGGAGCCUGUACCAAGCAAGGAGGGCCUCUGAUGGUGAUCGUUGAAUAUUGCAAAUACGGAAAUCUGUCCAACUACCUCAAGAGCAAACGAGACUUAUUCUUUCUCAACAAGGAUGCCGCAUUACACAUGGAGCCCAAGAAAGAAAAAAUGGAGCCAGACCCGGAGCAAGACAAGAAACCAAGACUAGAUAGUGUCACCAGCAGUGAGAGCUUCGCAAGCUCUGGGUUUCAGGAAGAUAAAAGUCUGAGUGAUGUUGAGGAAGAGGAGGAUUCCGAUGAUUUCUACAAGCAGCCCAUCACUAUGGAAGAUCUGAUUUCUUACAGUUUUCAAGUGGCCAGAGGCAUGGAGUUCUUGUCUUCCAGAAAGACUCGACUUCCUCUGAAAUGGAUGGCUCCCGAAUCUAUCUUCGACAAAAUCUACAGCACCAAGAGUGACGUGUGGUCUUAUGGAGUGCUGCUGUGGGAAAUCUUCUCCUUAGGUGGGUCCCCGUACCCGGGCGUGCAAAUGGACGAGGACUUCUGCAGCCGUCUGAAGGAAGGCAUCAGGAUGAGGGCCCCCGAAUACGCGACUCCUGAAAUCUAUCAGAUCAUGUUGGACUGCUGGCACAAAGACCCAAAAGAAAGGCCAAGAUUUGCAGAACUUGUGGAAAAACUAGGCGAUUUGCUCCAGGCAAAUGUACAACAGGAUGGUAAAGACUAUAUCCCACUAAAUGCCAUACUGACAGGAAAUAGCGGGUUUUCAUACUCGUCUCGUGCCUUCUCUGAUGACUUCUUCAAGGAAGAUAUUUCAGCUCCACAGUUUAAUUCAGGAAGUUCUGAUAAUGUCAGAUAUGUAAAUGCUUUCAAUUUCUUGAGCUUGGAGAGAAUCAAAACCUUUGAAGAACUUUCGCCAAAUGCCACCUCGAUCUUUGAUGAUUACCAGAUGGACAGUGGCUCUCUGCUGGCCUCCCCCUUGCUGAAGCGCUUCACCUGGGCUGAGAGCAAACCCAAGGCCUCACUGAAGAUUGACUUGAGAGUAACCAGUAAAAGUAAGGAGUCGGGGCUUUCUGACCUCACGCGGCCUACUGUCUGCCAUCCCAGGUGUGGCUACACCAGCAAAGGCAGGCGCAGGUUCACAUACGACAACUCCGAGCUGGAGAAGAAGAUUUCGUCCUGUUCUCCUCCUCCAGACUACAACUCGGUGGUCCUAUAUUCCACCCCGCCUGUCUAA